AUGGAAAAGCCAGCGCCGCUCGGAAGCAAUCCGGUCAUCCAGGAAGACCCGAAAGCGGACCCUCCCGUCAUGGUGAACGACGUUGAGGCCAGCGCGAACAAGCUGCAGAACGAGGCUGUCCAUGCCGACUACAACCAGCACAACUCGGCAGCCGACAAGGCACUGGUCUGGCGCCAGGACAUCCGCAUCAUGCCCAUCACGAGUGUGUGCUAUCUGCUGUGUUAUCUCGAUAGGUCGAAUAUAGGCAACGCCAAAGUGUUGAAUGCGGAUGAGGGCCAUGACCUACUGUCCGAGACCAACAUGACGAAUUAUCAGUACACUAUAGCUCUGAUGGUGUUUCUGAUAUCAUACACUAUUUUCGAGGUGCCUUCGAAUUAUCUACUGAAGAAAGUGAGACCUUCGAGAUGGAUAAGCUUUCUGAUGUUCUCCUGGGGUUCCAUUACCAUUGGUCUCGGAGGAGCUCAUAAUUUUGCCACUGUAACCGCCGUCCGAUUCAUGCUUGGCGUUUUCGAAGCGGGCCUUUUUCCUGGGCUUAUCUAUUAUUUCACGUUUUGGUACCGUAGCGAAGAGCGCAGCCUCCGUGUCGGAGUCAUGAUCGCCUCUGCGACCCUCGCGGGAGCGUUCGGCGGCGCAAUCGCUUACGGCGUGGGGUACAUGAACGGCACCUCUGGUCUUUCUGCCUGGCGUUGGCUGUUCAUACUCGAAGGCAUCCCAUCUUGCAUCUCGGCAGUCAUCAUCUGGUUCAUCCUGCCCGACUACCCGGAAACCGCCAGCUGGCUCUCGGGCGAGGAGAAGGCCCUGGCAGCUGAUCGCUUGCGCCUGGACGGGUCCAAGGGUGGCGCAAAGAGCAUGACCUGGAAAGAAGCCAAGGAAACGCUCACGGAUGGGCGGUUGUAUCUGCACUAUGCGUUAUAUUUUGGCAUCUCGGCGCCAUAUAGCGCCUUGAGCCUAUUCGCGCCAAGUAUUACGGCCGGCCUGAACUACAAGGGUCUGCAAGCCCAGCUCAUGACCGUGCCGCCGUACGCGGUCGCGUACGUGGUCACGGUGGCCGUGGCUUGGUCCGCGGAUCAUUUCAACGCGCGCGCCGUCCAUUCGGCUUGCCUUGCGACUAUCGGCGCGGCAGGCUUCCUAGCCUCGGCAACCCUCCCCCCGCAUGCUUAUCUGGAACGCUACGGCUGCCUCAUCGUUGCCACCUCAGGCACCUUCUCAUGCAUCCCCCCGCUUCUCGGCUGGCUCUCCUCGAACAUGUUCAACACGGCGGCCACGGGUCUUGCCAUUGCUCUGAAUGUGUCGUUCGGAGCACCUGGCCAGAUUACAGGGGUCUGGAUCUACAAGGCCGACGAAAAGGCCAAAGGGUAUCCGACCGGGCACUUUGUGAAUGCGGGGUUGCUGUUCUUCGUGGCUGUCGGAGGCCUGUCCUUGCGGUUGUAUUACCGCAUGCUGAACCGCAAGACGUCAAGAGAGGGCGGAGACAGGUUCUACGUUUAUUGA